AUGAGCACGGGAGAGCUCCUCAGCAUCGAACCUCUAGAGCUCAAAUUUCCAUUUGAAUUGAAGAAGCAGAUCUCAUGUUCGCUUCAGUUAUCCAACAAAACCGAUAGUUAUGUGGCUUUCAAGGUCAAAACAACUAAUCCGAAGAAGUACUGCGUUCGGCCGAAUGCAGGGGUCGUUUUGCCUCGAUCAACAUGUGACAUUAUAGUUACGAUGCAAGCGCAAAAGGAGGCUCCUGCUGACAUGCAGUGUAAGGACAAGUUUUUGCUCCAGAGCGUAAAAGCUCCCGAUGGUUCGGCUGCAAAGGAUAUCACUGCUGAGAUGUUCAACAAGGAGGCAGGACACCAGGUUGAGGAAACCAAGUUGAAGGUUGUAUAUGUAGCUCCACCUCAACCACCUUCUCCUGUUCCUGAAGGCUCAGAGGAAGGGUCUUCACCACGCGGUUCCGUGUCUGACAACGGACAUGUAAACGGUGCUGAGUUUGCUGCUGCUUCAAAAGCAUUCGUUCAGCGAUUUGAUUCGGAAGAGAAGUCUCCUGAGGCAAAAUCCCUUAUUUCAAAGCUGACUGAGGAAAAGAACAAUGCCAUUCAGCAGAACAACAAGCUUCGUCAGGAAUUAGAAAUGAUGAGGCGUGAGGGAAGCAAAAGCCGCGGUGGAGUGUCAUUUAUGUUCGUCGUCAUUGUGGCAUUACUGGGGAUGUUGUUGGGAUACCUGUUGAAGAAGACGUAA